AUGAAGCUCAACACGUCGUUAAUUGAACAAAAGUUCGUCGCGAAUGGCGAGCUAGGUGUCGUCGCUGUUGGCUUCUCCGGUGGUCAGGGCAAAGCAGGUGUCGAUAUUGGUCCUGCCGCCAUGAUCGAGAGCGGACUUCUCACAAAAUUAAAAGAGGACCUUGGAUACGAAGUCCAUCACGAUGACACCGUACACUCUUACAAAGAGCUCACUCCCGAAUCAGAUCCUCCCUUCCGUGGAAUGAAGAACCCAAAGACAGUAUCUGCAGUCACAAGGAAGAUUUCAGAGCAAGUCUACGAGCAUGCGAAAGAAGGCAGGACUGUUCUGACAUUGGGAGGUGAUCACUCUAUUGCAAUUGGUACCAUCUCCGGUACGGCGAAAGCGAUUCGAGAAAGACUCAAUCGCGAGCUGGCGGUCAUCUGGGUAGACGCGCACACCGACAUUAACACCCCAGAAGGAAGUGAUAGUGGUAAUGUCCAUGGCAUGCCAGUGUCCUUCUUAACAGGUCUGGCCAAGGAGGAGCGAGAGGAUGUCUUUGGAUGGCUCAAGAGCGAGCAUAUGCUCAGUCUGAAAAAGCUCGUUUACAUUGGUUUGAGAGACGUGGAUCGCUUCGAGAAGCAGGUCUUGAGAGAUCACAAAGUCAAGGCAUUCAGCAUGCAUGACAUUGAUAGACAUGGCAUUGGAAAGGUCAUGGAAAUGGCACUCGGAUACAUCGGGACAGACACUCCCAUCCAUUUGUCUUUCGACGUCGAUGCACUCGAUCCCAUGUGGGCACCAAGCACAGGAACACCGGUUCGAGGUGGACUUACCUUGAGAGAGGGAGAUUUCAUCGCAGAAUGUGUUCACGAAUCUGGAAGCAUGGUCGCAAUGGAUCUGGUAGAGGUCAACCCUUGCCUGGAUCCAGGUGUUGAUAAUAUCGGGUCGGAUGAGACAGUCAGAGCUGGAUGCUCUCUUGUAAGAUGUGGUCUUGGGGAGUCUUUGCUUUAG